AUUUUAAUAAAGAUAAGAAUAAUUUGAAUUGUUUUAUCGCUAUAAAUUAAAGCUAAAUUCGUAAUUGUUGUUAUUUAAUUAGAUUUUACACAGUUAAUCAAUUGUUUCCUUGAAAAGUAACGACCUGUAUAAAAAAAAAUUGGCACUUAACGCAAGGUCUACUGUUUCAAUGUCAUUUGUCUAUUGGAAAUAUUUUAAUGUAGUUUUAUUUCGGUAGCCAGCGGUAACGUGAAUCUUAUAAUAAAAUAGUUACAAAAAAAAAUAUUUAAUUACUGGUUAGAUUAACGCAAUCGUCAAAUGGCUCCCAUUCCAUCACUCAAAGUACCGAUAAUAUGGGUUUUAGGUGGACCUGGUUCAGGGAAAGGAACUCAGUGUGACAAAAUAGUUGAAAAAUAUGGUUUUACUCAUUUAUCUAGCGGAGAUCUCCUCAGAGCCGAAGUUGAAAGUGGCAGCGAACGAGGAAAAGAACUAACCGCCAUAAUGGAAAAGGGCGAACUCGUACCUAUGGAAAUAGUUUUGGAUUUGAUCAAAUCGGCCAUAAUAAACGCCUUACCAACUUCCAAAGGAUAUUUAAUCGACGGUUAUCCGAGAGAAAAGGAGCAAGGCAUAAUGUUUGAAGACAACAUAGCUCCGGUAAACGUAAUCAUAUUCUUCGAAGCAUCAGAAGAUACUUUAGUUAAAAGGUUAUUGGGGAGAGCGGAAACAUCAGGAAGAGUGGAUGAUAAUAUAGAUACAAUUAAGAAGAGAUUGAAUACUUUUAACACAUACACCAAUGCCAUCUUGGAUCAUUACAGCCUCAAGUUAGUGAGGAUCAAUGCCGAGAGAUCAACUGAUGAAAUUUUUCAAGACGUAACGAAGUACCUGGAUCCUUUAGUGGCUUAAUUUUCCAUAAGAAAAAAUAAUUAAUACCAACGUCAACUGUUUUUGAUUUUAAAGCAAUUUAUUUAUUUAUCGCAAAAUAUAUAUUAAUUGUUAGA